AUGUCCUCUCUCGCCCAGGUGUCCAUCGAUUCCGGAAUAACAGAAGACUGCCACGACCAUCACCCGGAUUGCAACGCAGCCAUCCCACGAGACUGGGAGAAUGAGGCCAUGAGUCUAGAGCAAGGUCUCUUGUGCGAGCUCGCGUCUGCGGCCUACUAUUUGGAUAUAAAGCCACUUGUCAACCUUACAUCGCGUAUCAUAGCAUCGAAAAUCAGUGGGAAAAGCACAGAGGAAUUAAGAGAAACGUUUGCGGAUCUAAGUGUGGAUGGGGACGGGUUGGACUUCGAUGUGUCGAGUGUCAGUACGAGAUUACGGCUACAGCGGAAGCUGGCCUCACAGAAACGAACGCCGGAGAAUGGUGACACACAAGCCACAGAUCGAGUCACAGAAGAAGACCCGAGGACUGUGGACGAAAUACUCAAAUAUAUUGACGGCGCAGACGCCGAUGACAAAUCAAACACUAAGGGUGCAAGCGAAGCCAAACGAUUAAAACGGAAGAAGAAGCGGGAGCAGGAAAAGCUCAAACUACAAAAGGAGGAAAGACAGAGGCGAGAAUAUGAAUCUCAAUUGUCUAAGCAGCGCAAGGAAAAGGAGGUGCUAGAACAGAGGAGUAGAGAACAAACCCGAAAAAUAUUCGAAUUAAAGAAGGAGAGGAGAGAGUUGAUGCAAAAGCGGGAGUUUCAAAUACAGCGGGAGCGUAAAAAGUGUCCGGACACGGAAGUGGAUAGGGGGAGUGGGUCGCAAACACAGGUGGUGAAUGGAAACGACCGAAUAUCAACGGAUUCGCACGCACAAGAACCAUCACAGAUACAUAAGUUAGCGAGGACACAGGCACCAACUCCAGCACAGACACAUAAUCACAAGACCACAUCUAGAUCACCGCAGACACAAGGGAAGGCCACAAACAGGACGUCAACGCCAACACAACAACGAACCACAUCCCCGGAUGAUCACAGGACUCUGGGCGUCGGGUCUAAGAUCAGUCCCGUUACGCACGCGCUCUUAAAACCGACUAAGCGAACAACCACGCCCACUGCAACAAUUUCGCAUUCACACGUCCAAACGAGGUCGGACUCGGAGACGGAAAAAAACGCAUAUGCCGUGCAGUCAAAACCACAGCAAUUACAGUUGCCGCCGGAUGUGACCAAAGAGUUGUCAGAUAGAGCUCGGGAACACCAAGCUGCGAAAUAUAAGACUGCUCAAUUGUCUGCCGAUGAGGUGGAGUGGGCGGAGAGCGACGAGGAAAACUUAGAUGUAUCGCCGGAAUUGCGAGCGGCUGUUGACAAAGAAGUGGAAGACUUCCGCCGGCGGUUGCAGACUAUGGGCCCGCCCUCCGGUACGGUCUCCUAACAGAUUAUCAGCAGUACAGAUAACUUAUUUAAUAAAAAUGAAUAUUUCGUC